AUGGCGCUAUUCUCGGCAAAGACCUUCAAACCGAAAGAACUCGGGAUGAAGGGAAUUGUGGCAAUGCGUGGCGGUCGGGUGAAAGGAGUGGUCAACGACAGUACGUCACGUGAAGUUCAUUCGAUCAGUGAUGCCCUGGUAAAUGCCAAGCUAGGCCUUUCUGCAAGCGAUGAUCGAGUAUGGAAAGAAGGGAUUGCCGUGUUUUAUCGGAUUUUUAAGUUCCUCGAGAAUCAGUGCCUUGAGAAGGCAGAUUCUUUGGACCCUCGUCUGCUAAAAAUACGUAUUCCUGGCAUGGAACGCACCGAGAGAUUCGAAGCGGACUUGGAAUUUUACUAUGGGCCGGAAUGGAAGGCUUUAAUUGAGCCUACUUCGCCUGAAAUUCUUGCUUACAUUGAGCAUCUGAGCAAGUUGCGUAAGGAGGAGCCGAUUGUGUUAUCUUCAUUCGUGUAUCAUUUGUACAUGGGACUUUUCGCCGGUGGCCAGAUUCUGAAGCGAAAACGUCGCAUAGUUCAGAAGGUUCCGAAGUGGCUGGGUGGAUCACCUGGUGCUGGAGCUGACGAUUCCUCUGAAGGGUUAGAAGUGGUUUCAUUUGGAUCCCCUAUUCUAGAUUUGAAGAGGGCUUUACGACAUGGAAUGGAGAAUCUGGCGGACGAACUAGAUGAUAAGUCCAAAAACCGAAUCUUGGAGGAAGGUAUCAAUGUUUUUAAAUUGAACAACUCCAUCAUUCGCACUAUCCAGUCUGCGGAUGAAGUUUUUCAACAGCGGCUUCGGUCGUUUUCCGUUCCCGUGAUCGUCGCAGUGCUUGGCCCACGUGGUAUGGUGUCGGACCGCAUGGUCCAGCAACAAAGGGUACGAGGUGCGGUUGGAGUCAAGGGACGACUUGGAAUUCGCAAAGGUGGUAAAACCGUCGCUGCCCGUCUUGGCAUUGACCUGAGAAACAAGAUCGGCAAAAAAAGUGUUGCGCGUGACACAGGGAUUGAUCUCAGAGACCUGAUAGGUUCAGAUGACUCUGCCAUGCGUUUAAAUACUGGGACUCAGGCAUUGCGAAGACCCCUUCGAACAUCCAAGUUGAUUACGCCUGUUCUUGCCGCAGCUGUUUCCGAUCUUCAUGAGCCACAGUUUCUACGUCCUCGACAGAAGAUGACAUUUACUCUGCCAAAGAAAACUGAAUUGAUCAAAAUCCGUCGUACAGUAGACAACAUCAUUCCUCCCGGGAAACUUCUCUUCACUGUGAAGAAUUCUGGCCCGGCGAAGUUUGAAGACCUCACAAUCAACCGUGAUUUUCAACCGAAGAAGAAGAAGCGUCCCAUGGAAAUGGAAGUCGAUGACGAUGAGGAAUCUGAUGGCACACCUCCUCCACCUCCCAGACCGAAACCGAAGAAAACUCUGGCAAAAGCACAACCUAAAUCUAGCAACUCUAUGAAUUGUGUUCGCGUUUCUUCGCUUCCGGAGAACCUUAGUACGCGAGAUAUUACAGAACUGUUCGAUGACUUCGGAGACAUUUGCCGUGUCAGUAAGAAAGCAAGCACAGUUUUUGAGGUGGAAUUCGAAACUGAGGAUGACGCCAGAAAAGCAGUUGUGGAAUGCAUGGAUGUUACAUUGGACGGGAAGCUGAUUGAUGUCGUUCUUGUACCAUCAAAUGAAGCACGACCGGAAGCCCGAAAGCAGGGAUUUUUGAGCAAGAUGCGACGUGUGGGUGUUGUGAAAAUUGGCGUGAUUUUAAAAGUGAAGUCGGCUAGCGGGACGUGGAUGCCGGAUGCCGGCGGGAGUAAGAACGCAUCAAAGAUGCCUCGGGUCUUGGAGCGAGGCGGAGGCCAAAGGAGGUACAACGGCGAUUACCUAGCGAAGUCCAGACCUGAGGUUGUGUAUGACGCGGCCCCGAAGCUCCUUGUCAGAAACGUAGUCACUGCGCAACGAGCCCCGGAGCCUCCAAAGCCUUCUUCGCCUGUUGCUGUGCCAAAACCUCAACCGGAUGUGGAAUGGUUGAAGACACCGUUGAAAGCCAAGAUUUCGAGAGGAAAAGUGAUAUCGUCUGGCAUGGAUGUCGAUGAGCGUUUUUUAGACUUGCUUACUGAUCAAGGGGAUUUCCUUGUUAUUGGCUGCAUUGGUCCUGAAGGUGUUGGUAAAAGCACAAUUUUAAAUCUAGUGGCCGACUCUUCUUUCAACAUCAACAAAGUGAAGUUGCAAAAGACUUCUUCAACUCGGGGCGUGGAUGGAGUAGUUACAGCUGAACGAGUGAUUUUGCUCGACUUCGAACCGUUUAUGUCUUCUUCUGCCCUGGUGGACCGUAUGUGGGGCAAGAAUGCGGGUAGCAGUGGCCCAGCCGCCGGAAAGGCUUCGUUUCAAAAGCGUGACGACUCUCUUAUUGAAACUUCCCUGGAUGUUCAAUCUCUCCAAACCGCCGCCCUGGCGUUGAUGACGUGCCACAUUGUCAUGGUCGUUCAAGACCGGGUCCUUGAUCCAGCGGUUGUCAGCAGCGACAAAAGAACUCGGGUGUGGGUCUUAAACAGGGAUAGGUUUUUCGGCAAAUUCCUCGAAAAAAUAUCGGGGUUUUUACACACGGUGGAGAUGCUGAGACAGCGUAGAGGAGUGAUGGCAGCUGAAGAGGAAGAGAAUCCUAAUCAAGUCGGAGAGUUACUGAAAUGGGUUGGACCUCAUGGAAUGAAACCGUUUCAACCGCAUGUCAUUUUCAUCCACAACCGUUGUCAACCUGAAGACUUCACGUCUCAUCGUCUAUCUUCUCUUCAUACGAAUAGCGAUGGCGACAUAUUGAAGAAGCAACUAGGGAAGUUGACGCCGAGUUUCCAUGACGUGUUGAGGUGCUUGAGGAUCGCUUUGUGGUCUACGCCACGUUAUCCGGUUGCUGAGCAAUUCGUAACCGAGAAGAACUGCGCUGCUUCACCAUCGGCUGACAGCGUGGUGUUGGAUCGAGGUCUUGCGGAAUACGGCGUGGGGGUGGAUGUGCUGACGGAAGCCCCGAAGUAACACAGCCGUUGCCGUUUUGACCAUCUGCAUCAGUUGCGUGGGGAAUGAAAGGGUGGCACGCGUGCAUACGCUCUGCGAAUCAGGGAGUUUUUAUUCACCGAUUGGAGAGGGAAAAGAAAAGUGAUCUUAUUCACGGGCAUACGUGUAUCCGUGUUUUGCCUCCUGGAGCGUGAAAACGAAGAGUGAAAGAAAGAUGGACGGGGUAAAACGUAUGUGUGUGUUGUGUUUUUGUCUGUCUGUCUGUGUGUGCGUGUAUGCGAAGACGGAUGGAGAAACGUAGUCAUUUGGGUAACACAUUCGGGUUUCCGCUAAAUUCCGUGCCUGCCAUUUUUUCUGUUGUGUGCUCUAUAGCCGCCUCUUGCCGCGCGAGGAACCAGGCAUCUUCUUCGUAUAGAGUUGGCGUCAUAGGUGGUAGGGAUGUGUUUUUUUUUUGUGUAACUUUUUUUCCUUCUUGAUUUUUGGUGAGUUUGUACGCGAACCUUUUUUUUUUUUUUGGUGUGUGGGAGUUGGACAGCAAUGAAUUCGGAUGAGUCGUGUUGUAC